AUGACGACAAGAUUAGAUGCAAUUGUUCAAAUUGAUGAUGUUUCGUGUUCAGAGGCAAUUUCAUCUCUGUUGCCAUGUCUAGUUUUUUUAAAAGGUUCUCUUCCACCAACACCAUCUGUUGAAUGUUGCACUGGAGCUACUAAUUUGUUCAAUAAGGCUAACACAACUCCUAUUAAGAGAAGUGUCUGCCAAUGUCUCAAAGAUGUUUCUACUAAAUUUGCAGUUAAACCAGACAGGGCUGCUCAACUUCCACAACUCUGUCACAUUCAAUUGUCUUUUCCAAUUAGUUCUUCUAUUGAUUGCACCAAGAUUCAAUAA